GGCUGGAGAGCAGAGCGCGGAUGGAAGCGCUCCACACUGGACCUGAAGUUCUGAAUGAACGCGCUUCAUUUCUCCACACCAUGGGAGACGGUUUACCGUCCGUAAACUACAGCAAUGACUCUAAACGCGGCACGGUGGAUCUUAACUUGUCAGAACAGUGGCUCGUGGGCAUGGGAAUCAUCAUGGUUCUGAUAGUGUUCAUCAUUGUAGUGGGAAAUAUACUGGUUAUAGUCGCCAUAGCGAGGAAUCAGAGGCUCCAGACGCUCACCAAUGUUUUCAUCGUGUCUCUGGCGUGCGCAGAUCUCAUCAUGGGGUUACUGGUAGUGCCAUUUGGUGCAGCCUUGGAGGUUAGAGGAGUCUGGAUGUAUGGAUCGUUCUUCUGUGAAUUCUGGAUAUCUGUUGAUGUUCUUUGCGUCACGGCGAGCAUCGAGACCCUGUGCGUAAUUGCAAUAGACAGGUAUAUCGCCAUCAUCUCUCCGUUUCGCUAUCAAAGUCUUUUAACGAAAGAACGAGCCAAGGUGGUGAUUUGUGGAGUGUGGGCUAUAUCAGCUCUGGUGUCAUUUCCACCCAUCCUAAUGCACUGGUCCCGGGACAGCGAGGAGACAGCGUGCUAUGACAAUCCCGAGUGCUGUGACUUCAUUACCAACCGUGCAUAUGCCAUCUCCUCCUCUAUUAUAUCGUUUUACAUCCCUUUAAUAGUCAUGAUAUUCGUCUAUGCCAGAGUGUAUAGAGAAGCCAAAAAACAGCUGAACAAAAUCAACAAAUGUGAGGGAAGGUUCUACAACAAUCAUGGUACUAAUUGCAAACCUAACCGAAAACGAACCACCAAGAUCCUGGCUAUAAAAGAGCAGAAGGCGCUGAAAACGUUGGGAAUAAUCAUGGGAACGUUCACUCUCUGCUGGCUGCCGUUCUUCAUCGUUAACGUGGUGCGGGUGUUUUGCGCACAAAUGGUGGAUAAGGAGCUCUUCGUGUUUUUGAACUGGCUGGGGUACGUGAACUCCGCCUUCAACCCCAUCAUAUACUGUCGGAGUCCCGACUUCAGGAAAGCCUUCAAGAGGCUGUUGUGUUGUCCGAGGCAGGCGGACCGCAGGCUGCACGUGAGCUCGUGCGACCUGUCGCGCUGCACCGGGGGCUUUGGGAACUCAGUGGAGCAGAGCAUGCUCGGGACCUGGUCGGACUGUAACGGCGCCAGCAGCGACUGCAGUCUGGAAAGAAACGGCAGGAUGUCCCAUUCAGAGUCUCAACUGUAGAAGUAAAACCGUGAUUAUUUAAUCGAUAUUACUCGCGCAAGAGUGCUGUUUGUAUUUCAUAUCAGGUAAUGACGACCGCGCUGUGUGAUAUUGCUUGUUCGAUAAACAUUCAAUGUGACGUGAAAUGCGUUUCUGAGAAAAAUGGCCAGUCGCACAUUUCUUCUUCGUCAACGAAAAUAGUUACAGAAAAAAUGUCAAAGCGUUAUUGUUGACUAUCGCCAAGCAACGCAAAAAACUAAAUAUAUGGGUGGGGCGGAGCACGUAUCGAUUUCCCCUCCCCCACCCAACGCCUUCUGUAAUCACUUCGCUCAACUCCGGUUUUUACUCGAGCGAUCGUGGAUCGAAAAAAAAUCGCGCACUUGCUCCGCUUCCACUUCGACCUGCUCCGCCAUGAACACGAAUAAGCGGAGUAAUACAAACAGUGAAAAGUCCAAGUACCAAAAUUCAGUACUUUUGAAAAGCAGCUCAGCCAAUCCAAUUCGAGGACCGGAACUAAUUGUUGUAUAAAAUAGAUUACAGGGCAACCGAAAUUUUGCAGUGUCCAAACAACCAAAACGAGCCCAUUUAAUCCCAUUUUCCCCAGCUAAAUCAGCAUAUACAUUUGGAGAAGGCAUUGAAGCAAAUUGCUAAAUUGAA